GUGCAAAGUGUCACUGGGCACUUUGAAGAAGAGAGAGGGGCCUGAAUGAGGAGGCAGAGGGAUGAGCGACAGAAAGAGAUAGAGAAAGAGGGAGGGAGAGAUUUCACAAGAGAGUGAGAUAGUGAUGUGCGAGUAGAAAGACAGAAGAGAAAGGAAAUCUUUUAAACUCUUCGGUCCAGCAGAGAGACAACGAUGUGAUUCCUCUCGGGGACCCCCUGCUACCGAACUGACCGAGACUCAUGAGUCAUAUUGUGGUCAUCACCAUGACGAUCCUGCUGUCCCUAUUCUUACUGGUGGUUCUGUUUUCAGUGCAUGCAGCCAACUUUCACAAAGGCUUGAGAGGACUCUCUUGUGUAAAUGACUACGUCAACAAUAUCAGCUGCACAUGGGAGAGCUCUGCAGCGACUCCCCAUGCGGUCUGCUGGGUCCUUGGUGAGGAGUCAACAUUUAUCGGCGAAAAACUGGGAGUCAAGCAAAAAAUGAUUCAAAGCUGCAAGCUGAAACAACACAUUAACUUUACUCGAGGCUGCAAUCUUGUCUUUGAAAAGAAAAAAUUUAGCUCUUUAACUAACAUGCCCUACAUCCGUGUGGAGUGUAACGGCACAAUGAUGGAGAAAAUCACAGACUACAGACCAGUGCAGCACAUAAAAAUGCAUCCUCCAGGUGUUCCUAAUGUCAACAGCACAGCCAAUGAGACGAUUAUAUCGUGGCGUCCAGGCAGUCUUCCCUCUAAGUACUUAAACACCUUAAGCUUUCAAACUCAGAUCAAACAGAAACACCAGACAUGGAACGAGGCCAUUAUUCUGUCCACACAAGAACGAGAGCUAUCGAUUCCUGCUGGGAAACUAAAGGGUCAUUGUGAGGUCAGGGUGAGAGUCAAACCCAUUUUAUCAUACAAGGAUUCUAAUAGCCACUGGAGCAACUGGAGCAACUGGAGUCCAACAACAUCCUGGACAAACGAGGUGGAAACAUCACAGAAUCGAGAACGGCUUCUGAGUACGACACAACUGAUAAUAUUGGGAGUGAUUUUGGGCGUCAUCCUGGGUCUCAUCACUGUAACGGUGUUCCUUUACAGGAGUUGUGCGAGCAGGGGGCUCCUCAAAGGGAAGCCGUUACCAAACCCUUCAAAAUACUUCCACACUCUCCACUCUGUCCACGGAGGAAAUCUAAAGAAUUGGCUGAACCCUAUGACAGUGUCUGAGGCCUUCUUCACGGCGCAGCCUCGUGACCCCAUCUCCCCGUUAGAGAUGUGUGAGAGCUGGGAUGUCGCCCCUCCCCCCUCCUCGACCAGCGCCCUGCUUCACUGCAGCUCUCACCCCUCCACCAUCUCAGGCUCCAGCGGGGUCGUUGAUAACUCCUCUUCCUCCUCUUCAUCCUGCUUCUCCAACAUGGGCUACUUCAUCUCCAGCUCCUCCGGCAACAGCUCCGUUCGAACUGACCCCAACCCGGCAUACUUCACCUAUAGGGAGGAUUUCCACAACCAUCUUCUCCUCAACCUCUGUUCUGCACCUGAUACCUUUCCGAACUACGAGAGCUUAAAGAAAGAGCCGCAGAGCCCAGACUCCGGAUUCGGUUUUGGAAAGGAAGACGAAGAGGUUUUUGAUGAUCAUCCUCCUCUUGUUACUCUCCCUCUCCGUCUUCCUUUGUGGAUGUGCUCUACCUUCGCUGCUACGACCCCUCCAAGUCCGACUCUGAUUUCCCCCGAAAGCCAGCAGGAGGAUGUUCCUGCAGCAGGAGAUGGUGGCAGCUGGCCUUCAGCGGGAUCCAUGAACAGGUCCUCCUCCAUGCCUGUCGAGCCAUGCAGAACCGGGUACAUGACCCUCAAAGAGCUGCAGACAACAUUCAGCAAUAAAUCCAUCUGAACACUUUUCAGAAUCAGAAUCAGAAUUCCUUUAUUUGUCCCGCAGCGGGGAAAUGUACAUUAUUAAAACAGCAGAAGUGUAGUGUAGAUAAAGCAAAGAGAAUAGACUUACAUGUUUGAGUAGGCCCACGUCACAAGUAUUAAAAAACACAAUAAGUAAAAAACAAAUAGCAGAUAAGUAGAACAUCAUAAAAAAACGAAGUAGCAGUAUAUUUAUUUAAAAAAUGAAAGGUAGAGAUUUAAAUGUAUCUGGAAGAAUCUCUGUGUAAUUGUUUAAAACUUUGACUGAUGUUUGUUCUAAUCUGAUGUGAAAGCGAGCAUAUACUGUGCAUUCUUACAAUUUCCAUGAUGGUUAGGCUUUAUCCCAACGUAAAUUCAAAAAAUCUCAAGAUAAUGAGCAACGUUUUGACCUGUGCUCGUAAAGUCUGAAUAAGCAACCCUUUAAAAUGACACCGUUGAAAUGAACUUCACACUUUUGCUUUAAUUGUAAAAGACAACAUUUAAUUUGCUUUGCUUAUUGAACAAUAGCUGUACAUGAGAUUGGUAUAAGAUAAACACAUAUAUAGUGUAUAUUUGAUACAAGUGAAGACAGAGUUUUAAGAGACAGUCUGAAAAUACCUGGUUGGAUGAACAACUUAGGGACGGAGCCAGAUAUAUAAGAGCAAGUACAAAUCAUGUUUGUACAAAUACUGUACUGACAGAAACUGCUGUGUAUUUAUAUAGCUGAUAUAUACAGUAAUGCAUGUAUUAUGGUGUAAUUUUAAAUGUGUAAAAUACUGUGGGACUGUUACAGUAUUUUCUUUUUAUGCAUUUCAAUUAGCUUUAUUUGCCUAAGUGUUAAAAUAUGUAUCACAUAGCAAAGCACGAAAGUAGACUUCAAACUAAAUGCUACUAUCAGUUAUAAAUGUCUUAAAACACACAAAAAUACCCUUUUUUAGUUUGCUUUUUAUUACUUUAACUUAAGUCUAAGAAAGACAUGUGUUUUUAAGAUCUCUUCAAAACGAAUAUCAUCGCAAAAUAUAAAUUCUUCAUUCCUGCAGGCAGAUCUGGGAUUUUGAAAGCAGUGAGACGUGGUUUAGAUGUGUUUUUAUUAUGUUAAUACUUAUAUUUUACUUUACUGAGCAUCAGAGUCAAACUGGCUUUAGACAUUGAUGUCUGUUAUAGCUGAUCGUUAAGGGCAUACAACUGACCAACUACAGCAACCUUUAUGCAAUAAAAUCAUUUAUUUUAAUCUAUUUACGGUCAAAAUGGCAGCUGGUUUGCCGCUGAUGUGUUUGUCAGUCUAUCCAAUUUGUUUGUAUAUCUUUAUAAAUGAUUUCAUGCUUCUUAAUAAAUUGAAGAAAUCCCUAAUCAAUCACUAUAUAAAUCACUAUUUGUC